AUGUCAGAUAUGAAGUAAUUAUUUUUUAUAUAUAUUAUAAAUCUGUAUGUUAUUCCUAUUGCUUGCAUGAACAAAAUCAUAUUUUUUUGUCUUGUAUAAAAAUGUGAAAAUUAAUAUAAGGAUUGCUGGGGACAAAAUUAUAUGUUCAAAACUAUCUAAUGCAUUGUGAGUACCUGUAUAAUCUUUAUGAUUAUAUAUUGUAAUAUUAUUUGUGAAAGUGAUAUUGAAGAGACUGGAUUUAGUUACUGAAGAAAUGCAUAAAAAAUAAAAACCUAACACAAAAAUAAAACUCAUUUAUCAUAGAUAUCCUUUGACAAACUAUACAUUUGGAACAAAAGAGCCACUCUUCGAGAAAGAUCCAUCUGUACCAGCAAGGUUUCAGCGUAUGCGAGAUGAAUUUGAUAAAAUUGGAAUGCGUCGGAGUGUUGAAGGGGUUUUAUUGGUGCAUGAACAUGGAUUGCCACAUGUCCUCCUGCUUCAAUUGGGAACAACAUUUUUCAAAUUGCCCGGAGGAGAACUAAAUGCAGGAGAAGACGAGGUAGAGGGCCUAAAACGGCUCCUUACAGAGGUAACAGUUAGCACGACGCCUUAUGCUACCUUACAAGGUAGCUAGGAGUGGCACUUUGAUAUGUUAGAUUGUAACACUGUUCAAGAAUCGAUUGUAUUAAUCCUACAGAUAUUUGUAGAACUUAUGUAACCGGGCCUGUAGCUCAAAAUAGGGAAUUUCUAAUUACAUUAGCAUAUGCAUUUUUAGUGCGCUGCAUGCCCGGACAUUUCAAUGUUUAUAGUAAUACAAUUAUAACUUGUUACAUUGUACAUAUCAUGGUUAGCUAAGAACAUUGUUCUUAAAUCGCUCGUUACACAUGUUAACUCAAAUAAGAAGCCCCUUAAAAAGACAAGAUGUGAAGACUGUAAUGUUAUGACCAAGAAGAUUGUAUUAUAUGUGUCAUUAACAACUUUUUCUUGUGAUUCACUGAAAAAUUGUGUUAAAUAAUAUUUAGUCUUAAAACUUUUUAUUAGGAAAUAAUUAAAAUAUGUAGGAUCGUGAUUCUUCGUCAUAUGCAUUUAUACAUUUGUCAAUUUUUUAAUUAAAAUGAUAAAUGUAUGUACAACAGCUGUUUCAUUUAAUUAGGUAUCUGUAAGCAAAGAAAACUGAAAGUAUUUGAAUAAAUACUUUUGACCUAUAUUACUGAUUAUAUAGAAACUAGUAGGAAUAUAUUAGGGAAUCAUCGAUCAUGUUAAUUGUUAAUUAAAACAAUAAGAUUAUACAGCCGUAUGUAAAGAAAAUUGUGUAACCAUGUUCUUAGUGGACUGAACGAAGAAGAUUGUAUUUUGAUAUAUAUGAAGUGUAGCAAAAUUGAGAUGACAGAUGUUAUAAUAUCAAAAUAACUUUUAGACUUUUGGGCGUCAAGAUGGA